AUUAUUAGAAACACGAAAAAAAUACUUAACUAGCUGUUUUGUAUAACACACGUGUCGUGUAAAUGACGAUAUAAAUAAAUUUUUUGUGACAAGUUUUAAAUUCACGCGUUUAACGAUAGCGACUGGGAAAACGGCGCGAUUUAGUUGCGUCGCGUCUGUACUUCGACGUUAAAUUUGUCGCGCUGCGCGUGAACGCCACUCAGAUAUGAUGGAAGAGCGGCGAGAAGAAAAGAAAAACUUCCUCGUCAAAUCCUAAAUGACGGCUGGGAAAAUCCCGGAAUCAUUUGGGAUGCUGCGGUGAUUUCAGGAGCACACGCGUGAGCGAGAGGCAGAUAAAGAUGAGACGCGCAGCUGCAGCACAUCACACACACUAUGGAUGUCCGUCUCUGGAUCCUGAUGCUCAUCGUGAAGCAGGUGGCACCGUUCAGACGUCCAGCAGAACUUUCACCGUGUCAUGUGCUCCAGAAAAACGCAGACUGCAGUAAUCUGAACCUUCAAAACAUCCCAGCUCAACUUCCCUCCACCAUCCACACGCUCGACCUGUCACGUAACCUUCUGCAAAACCUCACCCAUGACGCUCUUCUGGCCUACUCCGACGUCCACCGUCUCAAUCUGCACUCUAACCGGAUUCAGUUCAUCCAGCCGGGCUUCUUCCAAGCCAUGAGCCGCUUGCAGGUUCUCGAUCUGUCCAGAAACUCCUUGGAUCUUUACGGGGCUCUGAAGACGCACGUCGGCCGGCUGACGUCCGUACAAAGUCUGGAUCUCUCUGGAAACGGCCUCUUCGGCGAUAUGAGUGACUACUUCCUUCAAGACGCGCCCGCGCUCACCAAUCUGUCAUUAGAUGGCAACAGCAUCACGAAAAUAAGCAGCGACAUGUUUAAUGGAUCUCAGGCGUUAGAAAACAUCGACUUGCAUAAUAAUGUUAUCAUAGACAUUGAGGAUGGUGCCUUUGAGUCAUUGACCCAUCUCUCUGAACUUGAUUUAUCCAUUAACUCGAUUUCUUGUAUCGUGGAUUUUAACCUCUUCCAGCUUAAAACGUUAAACCUGAGCAAAAACAGCAUGACCAACUUCCAGACCAUCCAUUCAGACCUGGAGUUCGAGCUGAUGUAUCUGGAUCUGAGGGAAAAUAAACUCCUCUAUUUCCCCGUCCUGCCACAGAGGAACAAACUCAUGUACCUGGACCUGUCCAGAAAUCUCUUGAGAAGCGUUAACUGCUCCGGUCCCUUAGAAGAGCUGGAGAACAAUUCCCACUGCGUCAGUACAAAGCAUCAGGAUCUUUCCAGGUUGCUCUAUUUAGACUUGAGUUACAAUCAGCUCAAAUCGCUUCCUUCUUCCUUCUUCAGCAGCAUGCAAGCUCUGGAGACCCUGAACAUCAGCAACAACUGUUUGGAGAGCUUCAUCUUGGAUGGAGAAAGCCCUUUGAGGUCCCUCAAGACCCUGGACAUCAGCUUCAACAGUUUGCAAGAUCUGAAGUUGGAGGAGAACGCGCUGGCUGCGCUGGAGGUUCUGCACCUGCAGGGGAAUUUUUUCAGCGCGUUAGACCCCGGGUUUUUUUCCAGGCUGCCCAGAAUCCACAGCCUCCACCUUCAGCAAAACCGGCUCAGCAUCUGCCCACCUCGGUGGAGUCCGGCCGACGGCUGCGUCUCGUUCUCUUCGCUCCCGACUUUACGCUAUUUGUACCUCUCGGAGAACAGUCUCGCGUCAGUCCCGCAAGCUGCGUUUCAGGGCAGCCCGCUUCUAAUUUUGGAUUUGUCUCUGAACCCUGGUGUGAAUAUCGGCGCUCAGGCUUUCUCGGGUCUGGAGACGUCUCUCGCCCAUCUUUCUCUGAGAGGAAAUCAGCUCCAAACGCUAGAUGUGGAUUUCACCUCGUUCUACAAUCUGAAAUCUUUGGAUCUGUCAGUGAACCGGCUCACGUCUCUGUCUCUGUGGAGGGGAGAUUCUUCUGUCGAGUCCCUGAACUUGCAGAAUAACAGUUUGGUUACGCUGGCGCCUGACACGGUUUCUUCUCUGCAGAAAGCUCUCAAAACUCUGUAUGUUGGUUCGAACCCCCUGAGCUGCUGCAGAAACGCACACCUCCUCACUUUACUGCAGCAGGACCAACUCUCCGUGCCCGACAUCGCCGUCGCCACCUGCUGGUACGGCAAGGACUCGGAAAACGUGGAGAUCGACGUGAGUGCCGUGCGGGCGGAGCACUGCGAGUCUUUGGACACUAAAGUGUUAUUGAUCUGGGUGAUCGUUGUGCUAGCGCUAGGACUGAUGGUGGUGUUGACUGUGGUCUUCAAACUUUGUCACUCCAGACGUCACAAAUUCAACAGAGGAAUCAAAGCUUGAGGUAAAGCUGAAGAAAAGAGGGAAAAGAAACCAAAACGUCCUCACCUGACUGUGGUGGUGGUGCAUGCAUGACCAUGAGGUUUCAGUAUGAAAUGCGUGGGUGCUCUCUGCAAUCCAUUCAAUGUUAAAUGCACAACCUUAAGAUGUCAGGCUGAUCAUCAACAUUGGCGUUCUCUAAAAUGAAAAAUUAAGCCAUGGAGACGAUCACGAUGACCAGAAAGAAAAAUGUAGCAGAGAAAUAUGUUGUUGAUUAAGAACGACCAUGUUAAUGUUGCAGGACUUUCAGAAGAUAUAACACUACUCUUACUAAAGCUUUUCUACAUGAACAGAUCUGGGGCCUCAUUUAUAAAACACUGUGUAGAAACCAUCCUAAAUUUAUCAAAAAUGCGUAUGUGUGAUUCAUAGAACGAAUGUACGCACAGAAAACGCACAUACCCCUUUCUUUCAGAUGUGAAAUCUAUAAAGCACAAAUGAUCUUGAACUUGUGUGCAGUAUUUAAACGAUGCCUAAUUAAUGUCAUGGACAUAUAAAAGAUGUUCAGAUCCUUUACGAGCAGCAAGAAUGGCUUAUAUUUCCAAAAACCUGCAGCAACCGGACAAGCAAAAGUGUGUACGUCUGCUCAGACCCUGACGUUCUCCACGUCAAAGACAGUUUUUAUAAAUGUGAACGUUGCCGUGAUCUUUAUUCUCCACACGUCAAUGUGACACAAACACUAGAGUUUGACUUUAUAUAGCAGUGGAAAGAUUUGACUUUCACUACACGCGUGCGAUUGUGUAAGGGAUUGUGCAUUAAGUUUUUUUUUUUUUUUGAUGGACCAUCUGCACUGAAAGCGUGUGGCUUGUUUUCUCAGGACGGCUUUCCUGUUGUUCAGAGUUUCCUAUCCAGGGACACAGAGCGCCAUCAGUCAGUUUGUGUAGUCAAUAUUAUUCCUUCAUUAUUUAGCAUGAAUUAUAUGAAGUUAUCAUCAGGUUUAACGCACCCACAGACUGGCCUGUUUGAUCAGUCGCUCUUUUUUUAGAUAUUUCCAGGCUUGUUCAGAAAUAAAUUUGACCCUGGUGUCUAUAUCGGGUGAUGUACACAAGAUAAAGAUAGUCAGGAAACUCCUGUUGAAGGAAACAGACAUCAUCACAGUUGAUAUUAAUAGAGGUUUGUUUCAACACUGUAAUAUCAGCAGCUUCCUCCUGUCAAUCUGAGUCACCACCGUCUGUCCGUCACAACCCUUCUGCUUUUUAACACUGAAACCUGUACGACCAGUACACAGCAAUCUUAUAUGAAGGAAUUAUUUACAACUAAUGUAUAAAUAUAAAAAUCUAUAUGUGUAUAAAUAUAUAUUUAUAAAGCUUUUUAGUAUUUUGAUAAAUAAAUGAUGAACCUGAUGUGUUUGUGUG